UCUAUAUAAUUAUUAUAAAAUACUGUAAGACACUCUUUACCGAGAUUUUCAACCAUUUCACUGAAAACCAGCUCAGAGCUGCUAGAAAACUUAAAAAUAGGGACAGAUCACUUGCCAUUCCUGUAUUAGUGCUUAGUAUAUAAAAUAGGUACAUUUUCAGUCAUGUUUGCUUGGGUCCUACAAUUUCCGGUUGUAUCCUGUCUGAGCUUGUUAGCAGUCCUGACUUUCUGGACGACAAUGUGUGUCGAUAUCAGCGAUUACGACCAACAGUGCACUAUGUUUUUAUCUCAGGACAGUCAUCCUAUAUGUCUCAAUUAUAGGUCUGCAAAGUAUACUACAAUGGAAACAAUUUCUCUACUUUUAACAGACUCCUCUGAUUUCACCUGGUCAUCUGAUAGCAUCGUAUCACACCUUAUCAGCUGUUCUCAGAUGAGGUUGUCGACAAGAAACGGUACGAGAUCCCCCACACCCUACAAUAGUCACCCCCCUAGCCUGGUGGAUAUUGUGUUUUUGAUUGAACAGUCUGACAGGAUACUGAAUAUGAAGAAGUUGGAACAUUUGGAGUUGCUGAUCGAAUUGUCUCAGAAUGAAACACAUGAUGUAAGAUUCGGAGUUGUUAUGUAUUCUGUAUUUGAUCCAAAUACGACUAAAGCAAUCGGAUUUAAUCGCAUUUUCCCAUUUAAUGAAGCGAAAACACUUUUGACGCAACUACCAGUAAAUGAAGGUGUAACACAAACUGAUAGUAAAGAGGUGUAUCAAUAUACAUCCUUGAAGAGAAAUCUUGCUCUGAUCUCUGAAGUCCUAAAAAACAAUUCCUCUUUAAAACUUAGACCUACGUCAGACCUCUAUAUAAUUUCUCUUCUUGAUCUGUACACAGCUGGUCAAAGCCCCAAAUCGACUAAAAUGGAAAAAAUUGCUAUCAAUGACUUGAAAAAAAACAUUGCGAACUUAAUGUCAAUUUUGGUCAAUCAAGCAACCACAUCUCAAUCCAACCCUCUCUUCUUACAAUUUGUAUUUGACGCAAGCAAUCCUGCAGCAUCUCAUAACCUAGGAGACCCUUCACUAAGCUCUCUCUAUGGAGAUUGCUCUCACUUUAACAAGGCUGCCACAUUAAAGGCUCUACUGGGGAGUGACAGUGCUCAAGGAAACACACUACAAGCUCAUUUUUUGUCAAAUGGUAUCCUGUCAAAAACGCUGACCUGGAAAGAUUUGAAGAGACAAGAAUGUGUACACGGGCUAAUUCCAGCAAUCUCAGGCCAUUUCCAAAUCUACCCCACAUUUAAAAACAGUUGUCACACUCACUUGAAAUGCCACAAAUGCUACUGUUCACCUAUUCAUGGCUGGGUGAACAAAGAUUCCAAUAAUCGAAGUGGUGAUCAUGAUGAACUGUUUGUUGAUCGUUUCCCUAUCUCAACUACUUUCUCGGCAAAUCACGAAGACUUGGCUCUUGUGAUUGAUAAUCGCUACAUCUCAACUAAGCUUCCUGAAGAAAAACUAAGCAUUUAUUCUGAGACUCGUUCCCUCCCUAAGGUAACUCCUACGAUCACGGGUAAACCUAAAGUUCUUCAGUGGAAUCCAAAUCGUGCAAUAGCUCAAGAAAUUAUUGGACGUAAAGAACCUUUAGUUUUACGAAACACUGUUGUCCAUUCUUGGCCUGCCUUGCAGAAAUGGAACUGGUCUUACAUAUCGGACAAUUUUGGACUCGACAUGUUAGAGUCAGUGAAAUGUACCAGUACAUAUUUGACCUUUGAUCCAGACAGACGUACUCCGCUCAAACUAAACAUCUCUAUUCCAUAUACUACAAGAAAUAUGACACGAGAAGAAUUCUUUAGCUGUGUCAACCUAGAUACUAAGUGUGCUGAUAGUUUUCUAGGCCACUACUACUUUGGAUCAGUACCUGCCAAACUCAAGAAAGAUUUACUGCCAGACCGAUUCCUCUAUAAUUCGGAAAAGGACUACAAAUCAAACAGGCAAUUUAUUUGGAUUUCAUCUUCCGGAAUGAUUACACACACACACUUUGACCAGGACUUUAACUUAUUUGUUCAGCUGGUGGGUAAGAAACGCUUCACUCUAUGGAACACUUUUCAACACGAGCUAAUGUACACGUAUCCAAGAAUACACCCUAUGUGGCAUAAGUCACAGGUUAACUAUAAAGAUGUCGACACACAGAAAUUUCCUGUUUUCACAAAAGCCAAGGCGGUUCAGAUUGAGCUCGGCCCUGGAGAUAUGCUGUACGUGCCCCCAUACACCUGGCAUUACGUAGAGACACUCAGCCCGUCUGUUUCAUUGUCGACCUGGUCACAUGACUACAACGUUUAUGAUCACAUGAAUGCCAUCUAUCAGCAUGACCACAAGUUUGAUCUCAUCAAGGAUCCACGAGGUCAGAUGUUUGUGCUACGGCUGUAUCUGGACAUGAUGAUCCACCACCUCUACGGUGUCAAGGAAACCACAAGCUUUUUUACCAAGCUCGUCCAUACCCGAUUCUCCCCUCUUGCCCACCUCUUUCUCCUUCAAGAAGACGACCCUCUAAUUUGUGUGGGAACUGUGCCCAAUAAGAUCCCCACUUGUGUGCAUGUUCACGGUGACGCUAAACUGGACAUGGUUUUGAUUGGCAACCAUUUUGAAGCACUAGAGCCCGAGGUGAAAGACGUGCUGUUCAUGGAUUAUGUGGAGGAAAUCACUGCACAGGUAGUGGGCAUUAAAAAGAUGGUGGCCUUUUUUCGGUACUGUUUCCUCGGUCAAGGGUAUUACGUAACAGAGGUUGGAAAGGAGGAGCAUUCGCUGUGGGACUACAAAGACAUUGAAGAUGAAACUUAGAUUGAGUUAGUUUAGAUUGAGUUAGUUAUUUUUUAUAUAUAAUUAUUGUGAGAUUUAUAUAUACCAAUU